AAUCAAAGUAACUAAUCAAUUGUUGUUUCAUUGUUAUCUUAAAUAAUUGAAAUCAAAACAAACAACCUAUUUGGGGAUAAAUAAAUCCAUUAUCAUUGUUUUUAGAAUAGCUCAGAUCAAAUCAGUUCAUAUUUGACGUCAGGAUAUUUUUCAAUUUUCGUGCUUUUUCAUUCUCAUCCUUUUCUUUCCCUUCCUCCCUUUCUCUUAAGGAUAACAUCGCAUAAAUGACUGAUGUUAUUUGAUUUUUUCUUCCUAUUUUUUCCUAUCCUCUGUUAACUUUAAUAUAUUUUAUUUUAUAGACUUUACCUAUCAUUUAAUGACUGGUUUCUGUUUUAUUUUGUGAUUCUGUCUCCAUGUAUGUGUUAUGUUAUCUUUUAAUUUAAGACUCUACCGUGGUUCUAAUUCACUUGACUUCCACUCCUGGUGAUAUGGAUGCUAAAGAGGGCCAAGUACUUUCUAUCAAAGAUUUUUUUAUGAUAUUCAUCUCUCUUAUUUUUGCUCUAAUUACAACAGCAUUUUUCACAUUUUUAUGUUGGUUCAUAAUCUGGAAAUUAUGUCUCAGUAAAUUUCGAUUUUUCCAAGAAAUUUUUGCUGGGAUCACGAAUGGUGAUGCAUCCCGAUCCAAUGCCAAACGAAAGACCCAUGUGCAAUGAAAAACCUAGUCUGGUCUCAGGAUUAGUUGACGUGGGGAUUCACUUGAAAUUAAGCGAGAUUUCAUUCAAUUUGGCUGAAGAGGCCUUGAAAAGUGGCGAAGUUCCUGUUGGUUGUGUUAUGGUUAGGAUUAAAUCACCAAGUAAAUUGGUUUUAUGUGAUAAAGAUUAUGAGAUCAUCAGCCAAGGUAGAAAUAGAGUAAAUGCAUCAAAGAACCCUACACGUCAUGCUGAAAUGGAAUGUAUCGAUCGUAUUUUGAAUUGGUCUAAGGAACAGGGGAUAACGGAUUUAAAAGAAAUUUGGUCUAGCUUGAUAGUUUACGUGACUGUUGAGCCAUGUAUCAUGUGUGCUCGAGCAUUAAGGUCAUUAGGAAUCUCCAAAGUUUUCUAUGGAUGCCCCAAUGAAAGAUUUGGUGGAUGCUCUUCAGUUAUGAAUGUUCAUAAUGAUAAUUCUAUAUCUGAUCCUAUCAUUGAUUGCUUUCCAGGAGCCUUAAACAAAUCACAAGCUAUUGAUUUGUUGAAAAAGUUCUACAUGGGAGAAAAUCCUAAUGCUCCAGAACCAAAGGUUAAGAAAAAAAGAUUGGUUGAAUGAUUUAUUUUCUCUUGUAAAAUAGCUGUACUUUUGUAAUUUCUAAUGAGUGUACAGAUAAAAUGACCAGAUUAUUCUUCUAUA